CGGUUCUCCUCUCCCCCCGCGCGUACAAAUAGGGGGAGGCGGAGAGGGAACGAGGGAUAGAGGAGAGAGGACCGACCAGAGUACCGGACACGCAGCGAGGGGGAGGAAGAAGGAAGCAAGAGGGAGGACCGAGCAGGCCUAGGCCCUAGGGUAGUCCCGUCCGGUCCCCUGCGGUGCAAGUCCGGCCGGCGGGCGGGCUGACUGCCUGGCGUCGGUAGGGGGCGACGGCGAUCUAUAUCUGUCGAUGGGCUACUGGUGGGACCGCGUCGUGCUGCCGGUGCGGCGGGCCUGGCUCGGCGUCGCGUCCCGCUUCGGGGUUCGCCAGACCGGGCUGUGGAGGCUGCGGCAGGAGGUGAGCACGUGCGAGUACGAGGACGUGCACGUGAUGUGGGAGAUGCUGAGCCGCACCACGGCGCCGGCGCCUAGGCGGCCCAGCCGGUUCGGGCCGCAGCCGCGGCCGUGGGGCAGCAGGUUCCGUCUCUGCCGAGGCUUCUAGUGCUGUUGCUGCGGUGCGGGGUACUAGUGAUUCCGCUUCAUUUUGGCUUCUCUCUCUCUCUCUUGUUCUUUGGUUUUCGCUGCUUGUAUGUACCGUCGUCGUCCAUCCCUCCUGGCUCUGAGAUGUACUUCCAUUCCUCCUCGUGUAUCCGUCUCCGCCCGCCUGCAGAUGAUAUACCGGGGCAUGUGAAUGAACAGAGCUGAUUUCGGUCGGGUAAUAAUCCUGUCCUUGUUGCUACCAUACCACCUACCUACUUCUCUUUUGACCCUUGACGACGAAUUCAUCUGUAAACAGAGGGGUAGAGAGUAUUAGUGUACGAUUUCAAGAUUCA